AUGGCGAACAGGAUUCUCUUGGCCUUCGUGGCCGCCGACAUCGUCUUCCUCAUCACUGGAGCCCUUCUCCUCGGUUUCUCCCUCAUCAACCAGAGCCUCGUCGGGGAGACGCCUACGGAAGGAGUCGCAGCCGUCAUGCGUCUGCUGACGGCUAAAUUCCCAUUGACAGCUGGUAUCGUCAAUGCCAUCUUCAUCUUCGUCACUUUCGUUAGCACCCUCCCCGGUAUGAUUACGCCGACUCGCGGCUGGCUCAAGAUCUCGGGCUACAUGACGACCUUCUGUGGCCUCUUCAGCCUUAUCCUCGGUGUCUAUCUCUGGGUUAUUACCCUCAACACCAAGAACGAUUUCGGCAAGACGUGGAACGCUCAAGACCCCCGCAUCCAGGAUAUGAUGCAGACUGCUUUCAAAUGCUGUGGAUAUUUCAACAGCACUUCACCUGCAUUCAUCACCGAUGCCCAAUGCCCGAGUCCUGCCGCCGCCGCCCUGCAGCGUGGCUGCGCAACCCCGAUUACGAGCUUCGCCAACAUCUUCAUCGAUAACAUCUUCACCGCCGUCUUCGGCAUGGUCGGUGUCGAUGCCCUCCUCGUCUUAUGCACGGCUAUGCUUCUUAAGGACCGCAAAGAGCGCGAACGCUACCGCCACAUUGACGAGAAGGCCGGCUCCCGCGGUUUCUAA